AUGGUGUUUGUGCACUUGGAGAGCUUAAGUCCACCUAGUGCUGUGAUGGAAGGCUUCCCCCUCCCCAUGCUUUCUGAAAUAGAUUUAUGGAUACAAAUAUACACCCAGUGCUUUCCCUGUCUACCUGGACAUUAUUGCAACUCCACUGGCCUCCAGGCCCCUACAGGGCAAUGCCAAGAAGGAUUCUACUGCACGCUGGGGUCCACCAUUGCCAGCAUUCGCAUCCCAGAUGAGACCGGAGGCCCCUGUCCUGCAGGGUAUUUCUGCCCCAAGGGUACAGCCGUUCCACAGGCUUGUCCAGCUGGGUCAUAUAACCCUCUACAAGGGCAAGCCAGCUGCCUCCUCUGUGCUAGAGGGUUCUUUUGUGCUAAGAAUUCCUCUUCUCUUGCUGGGAGUGAAUGUCCAGCUGGCCAUUACUGCCCCGCGGGUACAGCUUCAGCAACUCAAUACCCAUGUCCCAGAGGGACGUACAACCCACAGACUGGCAGCAGCCAUGUGUCUCACUGUAUCCCUUGUGAUCCAGGUCAUUACUGUGUAUUAGCAGGACAGUCGCAUGUCACAGGACCUUGUUCAGCUGGGUAUUACUGCAGUGCAGGGAAUCCCACAUCCACACCUACCCAGGGCCUGACGGGGAACUUAUGUCCUGUGGGAAAUUACUGCCCUAAGGGAUCUGCUCUUCCACAGCCAUGCCCUCUUGGUUAUUAUAGCAACUCUACCAGGAAUACUAAGAUUGAAGACUGCCUCCUGUGUGCCCCAGGGUACUUCUGCAAUGUAACUGGACUCAUAUCUCCUGCUGGUGUCUGUGAAGCUGGGUUCUAUUGCACCAGAGGGGCUGUUUCUCCUAGACCAUCCAUGACAACAAGCAGCGGAGGGCCAUGUCCUCCCGGACACUACUGCAUAACUGGGAGCAGCAGAGCCCAGCCGUGCCCUACAGGGAGCUACAGCCCACUCUGGGGCAUGGCACAGUGUUUGGCCUGCCCAGCGGGCUUUUACUGUAAGGCUGGUGCCACCAAUUACACAGACUGUCCCGCAGGUAAAUCAGACAGCAGCCGGGUGCCUUUCUUUCCUGUGUCUGAUAUCUUGUGGGACACGAGUUCCUGCUCUAAAGUCCCUUGCUGUGUGGUAUGA